GCCGCCCAUAACUUCUCGUCUCGUCUCGUCCCCGGCUCCGAUUUCUCGUCGCGCCCCUUCCAAAAUAUCGCCCACGAUCCCCACCUCUCCUCCUUCCUCACCUCGCCGGCGCGCAGUGGAGAUCCAUCCGGGUUUGGAUCGGGCUCUUCGUUCGCUGAUUUUUCGAUGCACCUUAAAUUAAAAAUGCUUGGGUCUGAAACCUAUCUACCCUUUUUUCUCGCCAAAGAUGGUCUCAGCCAACAUAUAUCAAUGAUGGCAAUGUGUCGCUGAAUCUUGCUGGAGCCGCAAUAAGCAUGACAGUUGUGCAAAAGAUGCUUAAUCAUUCAUGCUGUGACUCCCUCGAAUGGAACUUUCUUCUUCUGAUGCUAUUGUGUAUAGGCGAGCCUAGUGUGAGGUGACUGCAAUGAAUUUUAGAGGUGGUGAGGGAUCUAAGGUGCGGAGUUCCUUUUGUGUUCAGUGAUUCUUGGCAAGAGCUCUUUGGUGGAGUUAACAAUCAUGGAAAGGUAUAAAUUAGUAAGGGAGAUAGGUGAUGGAACUUGUGGAAAUGUUUUCAUGGCUUAUCAUGUAGAAACAACUGAAAUUGUUGCUGUUAAAAAAAUGAAGAGAAAGUUUUACCAAUGGGAAGAAUGUGUUAGCCUGCGAGAAGUAAAGGCUCUUCAGAAACUAAUUCACCCUAACAUUGUGAAGCUGAAGGAGGUGACUAUGGAAAACCAUGAGCUGUUCUUCAUCUUUGAACACAUGGAAUGUAAUUUGUAUGAUGUCAUAAGAGAAAGGCAAGUUGCUUUCUCUGAAGGGGAUAUACGGAAUUUUAUGGUCCAAAUACUGCAAGGUCUUGCAUAUAUGCAUAGUAAUGGAUAUUUCCACCGUGAUCUGAAACCUGAAAAUUUGUUGGUGACAAAUGGUAUUGUUAAAAUUGCUGACUUCGGGUUGGCAAGAGAAGUAUCUUCCAGUCCUCCCUACACUGAUUAUGUUUCCACCAGAUGGUAUCGGGCUCCAGAGGUGCUGCUGCAAUCUUCAGCUUACACACCUGCUGUUGAUAUGUGGGCUGUCGGUGCGAUUUUGGCUGAGCUUUUUACAUUGUCACCGCUUUUCCCUGGUGAAAGUGAGACGGAUCAGCUUUACAAAAUAUGCACUGUGCUUGGGACCCCAGAUUGUACUGUCUGGCCAGAGGGAAUGAACCUGCCUCGUUCAAGUAGCUUCAACUUUUUUCAGAUUCCCCCAAGGAAUUUAUGGGAGCUUAUUCCUAAUGCUUCUUUGGAAGCUGUUGACUUGAUCCAGCAACUUUGUUCCUGGGAUCCACGAAGGAGGCCAACUGCUGAGGAAGCACUACAACAUCCCUUCUUUAAUGUGUGCAACUGGGUACCAAGACCUGUCCAUGAUGCUUUCCAUACAAAAACAAAUGAAUCUAGAGCACAUCCAAGAUUGGAACUGAACCUGUGGAAUUUCAGCACAGAACCUGAUGACUGUUUCCUUGAUUUAACUCUCAGUCUGAAGCCAAGUUUUCCUGGAACAGACCUUACUAACGAUGUUCCACAACGUGCAGAAGAGGAAAUUCUACUGUACUCAGGAUUUGAGAAGACCCCUGUGAAGUCAGGUUUUUGGCCCCUCGUUUCAUCAGAUCGUCCCAUUGGUGAUGUUCCAGCCAUGCCAUCCUGGCCACAGGCAUAUAUGGUUGACAGCCAAGCCUCGUUGCCAGGAUUCUCCGUUUCUCCAUUCGGGUUGUCCUUACAGCCGAAUCUGAUGGAGAACCAUUCGUUGGCACCUAUCCGGCAGCGAUGCGAAGCAUUGAUGGCGCGAAGGAUGGACGGUGCCGGCAGCCGAGCCGUGCGGACUGACGCGGCGGAAAGGCUGGGAAAGGAGUGAAGCGCGCGUACCGUUUCGUACGAGCUGGCUGCCGCUGAUAGGGAGGGGGUGGCAUGACACAUCACAUCACAUUGCCAAACAAGCUUUGCUGGUAGAGUUCAGGAUGGAUGGACGGAUGCAGCGGGAGGCCUUGCCCCGUCGUGUUUCUGAGCUGGCCUGCCUCCCGCCGAGAGUCUGAUCAGAGUCGACACUGACUGGAAGUUACCUGUCGGGACAUAAAGCCUAGGGCCGGUUCAUGCGUAGCUCAACUCUAGAGGGUGACUGAAGAGCACUGACUCGAGUGAAGAGUGUUUCCCGAAAGAAAAUCAGGGCACAACUCUUUCCCAAAUAAACACAGCAGUGGAUAAAAUAAACACAACAGUAGAUACUAGUACUGUUAGUAACAUGCUAGGCUUACUUUUCUUAAAAAAAGAAGAGAGAAUCGUUCAGCCUGAAAGUAUAAUUUGGAUGUGAAGCUGUUUGCUUUUGGGCAAAGGAAAGUGCAGAGGCGAAAGGAAAACAAGAUGGAUGUUUCUGGGUUGGCUGGUA